AUGAAAAGUGAAGGUUUCUUGGGAAGGAAAUCGUGGUUAUUCAAUUUUUGCUACAUAUUUGUCAUACAUGGUGUUGUCAGUGGGAUCAUAGCGGGUGGUGUUGAAUUUGCAAUCGCUUAUGGGAUGUACCACAAGAAUUCACAGCCCAUAUUACUUUGGGGGUUUCCCAAUACGCUUUCCGGCGACUGUGCAUUGAGUCUAUUUAUCCAAGUGGGAGUAACAUGGGCGUGUGAAGAAAUAUUGGUAGGCUGGGAUUGCUAUCUGGAGAAUACACCGAUAUUGCCGUUUGAAAUUGAGUUACCAGACGAACCAGGCCAUAAACUUUUCUGGAGAUUAUUCGAAGUAAAGCAUGGCAUCUUACGGGAAGAUCGAAGUUUCCGCAGUUACAUCCGAAAACAGUUCGUGAGGUACCCAAACCGAACAAAAUUGUUUAAUCUUUUUGCAUGGUUCGUGAGUAAGCUCAUAAUCUCGAUGAUCACUGCGGCGAUGAUCUGGUUCUGGGUAUGGCCGGUUACUAUGGGGAUCUUGGCUGGAAUUGGCACAAAAGUUGGAAGCCAUGAUUACCAAUUCCACGGCUGGGCCCCUCAGAUAAUGAAACUUAUCUACGGAUUUGUCUUAGGCCUCAUGUCAUCGCCAUUGGCUAUCAUUGUUAUCUUACUGCGAGACAAUUGGCAUCUCAAAUACAAGGAAACCGCUAAUAUAACGUCCACAACUAACGAAAAGGGGGUUGAUCAAGCAAGCGCUAAUGAUACGUCAACAGGGGAUACAAAUGUCGAUGAAGCAGACCAAUCUACUACUAAUAACUAA